GCGCAAGCGCAGUCAGUGGUAGGUGUUCUGUGGGGCAGUGGUCGCUGAGCAUUGGCAAGUGCAGUGUUCUUUGGCGCAUAGCUUUCGAAUGUUGAGCGAUUUCUGAAGCGCAAUAAGCAUGCCUGUCCUCACCAUCCAGCUGGUCUUCAAGGAAGCGUGGCGAUUCUCUUCCCUCUUUGGCGAGAGAAGCUGCUGGCGGCUGUUUCUUUCUCUCUCUCAGAUCUUGUAGGAAACGUUCUUUCACGGACAUGAUUUCCUCUGCCUACACCUGCACACCGUGCGGGAAAACGUUCACGGGGCCUGAACCGUACAACCAGCACAUAGCCUCCGAGAAGCACAAAAAGAAAAUUCAAAGUGGUCCAGUCUUCCAGUCCGGCCUCGUGUGCGAGCCAUGCCGCAUGAGCUUCACGGGUCCCGCUCCCAUGCGGGAACACAUGGCCAGUGCAGGCCACGCCAAAGCCAUGGCCAUGCAUCAGGCAUUGAUGGGGCCAGCUUCACCAGUGGAAACCAAGUCUAUUAGGCUGGCCAGCUCGAGUGCUAACAAAAGCAGCUACUUUCAGUGCCACAUAUGCAACAUCCCCAGCUUUUCGUGCGCAAAUGAUGCAUUUAACCACUACGAGUCGGCCGAGCACUGGAACCGCAAGCAGGCCUUCGACAAGGGCAUCGAACCAUCAUCCUGCCGCCCCCCCUCAGCUGUCCUGUCGUCCCUUGCCAGUGCUGACAUGGUGGAACCACCGCCCACUUUGCCCUCGUCAGUGCUGGUCUGCAGAGCAGAAGAAAGCUUCGAAGAUUUCUGCAGGAGAAAUGACCUUUCGUUCCUUUUUUGAUGCUCCAUCAAGUAACACUACUACUCGCCAGCCCUUGUGAUUUUUCUUUAUUCUAUGGUAAAUGUAAUGUUGGUGUGUUUCCUGUUUCUCUAAAUCACGUUUUUAGUGAUUAGCCUUCCUUACUUCUUUUAUUUAUGCAGUGAACAUGUAGCUAGUCCCGAGUGUUCUUGAAACAUUAAAAGCUGACUAGUGGUUAAUUAUAUAGAGUGCACGCUGCAUUUUAUUUGUGUUUUAAUAUGCAUCUAUUAUGUGUGCAUUUUAUUUUGCUUUAUGCAUUUAUGUAUAUAAACAAUUGUUUUUAUGAAAUCCAGUCAUUUUAUAUAACUGCACACCACCAUUUUUUACGUGUGAAAUAUAGAGGUAGAUAUAUACAAGAUGGAAACAGUCCCUUAUGCAUUCUUUCAAGAUGGCUCAAAACCAAAAGUCGUUUGAUGCAUUAUAACCCAUCAUUUUGUAAAGUAGAAAAGUAGCCACAAUGUGUCUGUAAGGAAAUUUGUGUACCUGCAUAGCUGCACACUGUGUUAAUUCUGUGCCUGAUGAUAAAUUAAGGCCAAGCCUUUUGUACCGGAUUGGUCAGUUGUAAACCACCAACGAACUAGUUAUCCAGCUCACAUUGAUUUCUUAUGCAGUUCCAAGCUUUUGCCACGCAUUAUUACGUGUGUCAACGGGACCGCUUGUCCGACGCGACACUGGUCUAGGGUCUUUUUACAGAGAACCUUCAAGUGCUAGUGUGGCUCUACGGUAGAAUGCUUGACCGUCUCUCGAAGUGCCUGGCUUCAGUUCUGGCUUAAACCCAGAUUUUCAUGCGAGCUUUUGUAUUGUGUGCUGUGAACUUGAAGGCCAGUCUCUGAUAAGCCGCUCAACAGUUUACCUUAACUUUCAGUAAGUUUCACUGGCCAUUGGACACGCCCCACG